UUGGUUUCGAAGUUUUGCUCGUCGUGUUUGUUAUUUCACAUGUCGCAUUCAUUGUCAAAAUUUUAGUGUGUACAUCUUCAUUUUAUGUCUCAUGUAACUUUCCAGGAAUGAGCAACACGACUGUCGGCUGUCCAAAACUCACGCCGCCUCCUCCACCUCCUCCUCCGCCAUGUUGCUGUUGCUCGCCUUGUUCGCCUUGUCCGCCUAGAUGUCCACCGUGCUGCAAGCCACCGCCGCCACCACCGCCGCCGCCGCCCCCUCGAUGCAUACCCUGUUCCGUGCAGGUCAGGGGUUGCCCUCUUCCGACGCCCAUACGAUUCUGUCCGUUCUCGCCCACCAAAUGCUGCGGACCCAGGUGUACGCUGACCGCUGCGCCCAAAAGGCCGCCGCGUCCUUUGUCGCCGCCGCCCAAGUGCCCGUCGACUUGCAAUUGCAAACCGGACCCACCUCCACCGGAUCCUCCUUGCUGUUGUUAGCUGGUUCGUCA